AUGAAUAUCCAGCUGAGAUAUGGAUCCGCCUGGAGUGAAAUAUAUGGCGUCUCAGGUGGGCGUGCCCAGGAAUUCAUCCUGCAGCCAGAUGAGUACAUUAUAGGGCUGGUCGGCUCACACAGGGUCUACCUCCGCUACCUGGUUGUGUAUACCAACUUGGGGCGCUGGGCCCCAUUCGGGCAGGAGAGUGGCCGCAGUUUCGUCGUCUACCCCAGCGAGCCUGGCAAGGUGCUCACAGGAGUCUUCGGCCAGACUCAGCUCCUUGGCAUCACAGGCAUCGGUUUUAAAUGGGAUUAUCCUCUAGCAGCCUCAGGAGUGUCUACACCACCAAGCACAACCCAGAAUACUGAAGUAACUGGCUGAUACGCCAAGGUCUCCGCUUGGUCCCUGGUCAGGGCACAUACAAGAAUCAGCCAAUGAAUGCAUAAAUAAGUGAACAACAAA